UAUUGUAAGUUUAGAUACUUUAGUCUGUAAGUAUUGAAGUCUAAGAGAAGCUGCAUGACUUAACUAAGUAAUAUAAUGGAUACGAAAAACGUUUUCUUGCUGCUUUGCCUUAGUUUCCACCAAGUCUAUCUGUCCGAUAUCAAAGCCACAAACGAAACAGACAAUAGCUUCGAUAUUCUGGUUUUGUCCCAACACUGGCCGAUCACACAAUGCAAGCUUUGGACUUAUGUUACCCACCCCGGUGGCAAAUGCGUGUUCCCAGAGAAAAAGAACCAGUGGACCUUACAUGGCAUUUGGCCAAUGUCUUUAGAUUAUGAUAAACCUAUGUUCUGCAAUGAUUCGUGGCCUUUAGAUCGAGAGCUGAUGAAAUCGCUUGAGCAUGAUUUGGAUCAGGCGUGGACCAAUGUUUAUAAAGAAGAGGAAUACUACUAUUUCUGGAAUCACGAAUGGACGAAACACGGCACCUGUGCAAUUGUCCUGGAAUCCUUCGACUCUCAGCUGAAAUACUUCAAAACUGGCAUCGAAUGGAACCGCAAAUAUUCCAUAGGGGACAUGUUGGAAGCUGCUGGAAUCAUACCUUCUGAUACCAAGGCGUUCACUCCAAGGGAUUUAGUAGCCGCGGUUAAAGCUAAAACUGAUAAGUAUCCAGGGGUCGUCUGCCAGAAAAUACAUGAAGUGCAGUAUCUGGAUGAAUUGCACAUUUGCUUUGACAAACAACUUAAUGUCAUUGAUUGUAGUCCAGCGGUUAAUACUAACACUUGUGAUGUUUCUAAAGGAAUCAUUUACCCUGCUACUGUAUAAGUAUUUAAUUAAAAAUGGGCUGUCUGGUAAUAAUGUAUGUAGAUUAAACUUUAGUGUAGUAAAUGCCAAUGAAAUAAAAUGUGUAACACAUAAUUUUAAUAGGCAUUGUUUGAUUUUAUU